UCACUAUCUGCGGCUGGGCAGUGUUUAAAAAUGAACCUUGUAGCGCAUUUCUCCAUUUUCAGCGCUCGGAGAGGAUGGGGGGAGCAUGGUGCAGCUGCCCGGGGGCACCUUCCAGAUGGGAUCCCUGCAGAGGAGCGGCGAGGAGGUGCCCGCCAGGGAGGUGACAGUGAAGCCCUUUGCUCUGGACAAACACCCGGUGACAAACAGGGACUUCAGGGAGUUUGUUAGAGAAAAGAAAUACAAAACAGAAGCAGAAGCAUUUGGCUGGAGCUUUGUCUUUGAGGAUUUCGUAUCUGAAGAGCUGAAAAAAAAAGUCACCCAAAAACUGGAGUCAGCCCCGUGGUGGCUGCCCAUCGAGAAGGCUUUUUGGAGACAACCCUCAGGCCCUGGCUCCAGCAUCAGGAACAGGCUGGAUUACCCCGUGCUGCACGUGAGCUGGAACGAUGCUCAGGCCUUCUGUGCGUGGCAGGGGAAGCGGCUCCCGUCGGAGGAGGAGUGGGAGUUUGCUGCCAGGGGAGGCCUGCAGCAAAGGAUGUAUCCCUGGGGAAACAAGUUCCAGGCAAACCGUACAAACCUGUGGCAGGGUGAUUUCCCUCGGGGGGACACGGCUGAGGACGGCUACCACGGCGUCUCCCCGGUGACAGCCUUCCCUGCCCAGAACAGCUACGGGCUCUAUGACCUGCUGGGAAACACCUGGGAAUGGACAGCAUCAGAAUUCCCAGCUCCAGGAAGGGCAGCCAGGGCUCAGAAGAUGCAGGUGCUGAGAGGGGCCUCGUGGAUUGACACUGCAGAUGGCUCUGCAAACCACAGAGCUCGUGUCACCACCAGGAUGGGGAACACACCAGAUUCUGCCUCUGACAACCUCAGCUUCCGCUGCGCUGCCGACAUCGCGCCCGUGCCAGCCUGGAAAAGCCAGAGCAAAGCUGAGCUCUGAGGGCUCCCUGGGAACACCUGAGGCGUUUUCUCCUGUGGAGAUGAACAGUAACCCCCCCCAGCUGUCACUUCCAUUAAACCCCAAUUGUUUCUAAAGUUAAAAAUAAUUUCAACCUUUUCAGUGCUGGGAUGUCUGGGUGGGAGCAGUGAUUGGGAAGGCAGGAAGGGGGGUUUGUCUUUGGUGUCCUUUUGGUGUGGGAGAUGCUCCAGCUCUCCU